AUGUCAUCAACAAUAAAUUCAACAAAAACUCGCUUUUCACCAACAAGAAUGUUUCAAAAAAGAACUGGCAGUGAAUCGCCACCUUCUCAUUUAGCAUUAACAUCACCACCACCAAUAAAACAUUGGUAUCAAACAUGUCAUGAAACAAUAUUAUCAUCUAAUGGUAAUAAUCAAUCAAUUCAAUUCAAUUUAUCAGGUGGUGCUGAUAAUGGUCAAUUUAUUUAUUUUAAUGAAUCAAUAUCAUUAUUAAAAAGUAAUCAAACAUCAUUUAUUAUAGUCAAAGGUGGUAAAAUUGACUUAGAUGAAAUUAUACUUGAAAUCGAUCAACAUAAAGUUGCUGGUUGUACAUUAGCUGAUGUUAAAUUACUUAUUGAAACACUUUCUAUUAAUGGAAAACAAAUUAAAUUGAAAACUGUCAAAUCGGGAUCUGCAACAACGAAUAGUAAUCCUAUAUUUGAAGAAUUACAAGGUCGAGGUCAAGUUUCUUGUUUAUUUGUUGUUACAUAUAUAUAUAUAUAUAAUUUUUUUUUACAUAAUUCUUUAAUCAUUAUCUAUUUAACACAUUGUAUUAAUUGUUUCUUUCUAAUUAUCGAAACAGGUUUAACCAAAGAUCUUCGCCAAUUUCUUGAUGCACGUUUUCAAAAGGGUUCAAUUGAUCAUGACCUUCAACAAACAAUACGCGACAAUCUAUAUAUGCGAACAGUUCCUUGUACAACUCGCCCACCACGACCAGGUGAAAUAAAUGGACAAGAUUAUACAUUCUUAAGUACAAAAGAUUUUCGUGCGUUAGAAAAAAGCGGUAAUCUGCUUGAAAGGCAUUAUUACGGAACUCCACGACCACCAAAAGAACCCCUUUUAACCAACGGACAACAUCCAUAUCUUUCUUCAACUUCAAAUAAUAAUCUUUUACGACGUAGUAAUUCAGCUAAUGAAAUGUUUCAACAACAGCGUACGAUUGACAAUGGAAUAGACAAUAAUGGUAUGCAUUAUCAAUAUCCAAAUAAUGAUCCGGAAUUUUUCGUUGGUCAUAGUCCUAAUGACCAAAUGUUUCAUCAAUCUAAUGGUGAAAAUCAAGCAUUAACAACACGAUCGAUGAUGAAUGAGAAUUCGACUUCAUCAGCACCACAUUUAUCAGGUGAAUUAAUAUCAUGUUCAUUACAAAAAAGCCAAAAUGGUUUUGGUUUUACGAUAAUUGGUGGUAAUGAAAAAGGUGAACAUUUUCUUCAAAUAAAGGAUAUUUUACCUGAUGGACCAGCAGCACGAGAUGGCAAACUUCGUCGAGGUGAUAUUCUUGUUUAUGUUAAUGAUACCAAUGUUUUGGGUUUUAGUCAUACAGAUGUUGUUCGCAUAUUUCAAUCGCUAUCAAUUAAUGAUAUUAUUCGUUUAACUGUUUGUCGUGGUUAUCCACUUGUUGUGAAUUUUGAUGAUCCACAAAUUGAUGUUGUUUCAUUAAAUGGUGUUCAUAAUUCUGUAUCCAUUAAUAAUUUACCUAAUGGUGGAUACACAGAAUAUCAACCGGAUUCUCAUCAUCAUAAUACUCCUCGCAUUCAUACAAUUAAAAUUCGGAAAGGUGAUAGUGGUUUUGGUUUUACUGUUGCUGAUAGUCCAUUAGGACAACGAGUUAAAGCUAUUGUUGAUAAACAACGUUGCCAAGAUCUAUGUGAAAAUGAUUUAUUAUUAUCGAUUAAUGGACAAGAUUUAAUUGGUAAACAACAUGCUGAUGUUGUUGAUAUACUGGUGAAAUGUUCAAAAGAUGUCGAAACAAUUUUUGUUAUACGACGAGGUAGCAAUCAUCAUACCUUUCUUUUGUUUUGA